GGGGGGGGGCUGCGCGCCUUGGCUCCAUUCCGAGGGUUCCGGUCUCUCGAACCGGCCGCCCUCCCCCGAGAGGUUCCCACGGUGUUGCUGACGUACACACUUUUGGUUGAUUAGGUAAACAUACGUACCGGCCGACUGACUGAUGGCGUCCCGCGCCUACCGACGUACCUCUUUCUCUUUAUUUUCCCCCUCUCUCCCUAACGCAAAGAGACUAUUCUGCGAACGACGACUAGAAGAAACGGGAGGCAUACCAGAUGGCCGAUGCUGCAUCUGCUUUUAUGCAGGCGAUCCGGCCUCGGAGCCUCCUCCUGCUGAUCGGUCUCCUCGCAUGCUCCACCCCCCCGACCCUGGCGGAACGGGACGGCGCGGAUCGUCAGUGCCCCGACUACGUCACCAGCCAUGCACCUCUUCUAUGGCUGCACUCGGAUGACCGCUAUAUGCCCAGCGAUCUCCUCACCCACAUCCGCCACACAUCGCCGCUCCUGGACCGGAAGCCAGUGCCUGACCUGCCGCCGCUGAACCUGGACAACCUGGAGAUCCUCAACCAGUUCGGGGACGACGUGGCACUCACCUCCGACGAUGAUCCCACCAUCCAUCCGCCAUGGCUUCUCGGAACGGCCCCGGACCCGGACGGCAGAGUCCACAACGCCACGCCCUGCGUCGUGAUCCUGGUCAACAAGAACGAACGCGAUGUGGACGCCUUCUACUUUUACUUUUACUCGUACAACGAGGGCCCGAACAUCACCCAGGUCUUGGAGCCCUUCAACCACAUCGUCAAGGGCGGGGAGGCGGCCUCGGGUAUGCACUUUGGUGACCACAUUGGCGACUGGGAGCACAACAUGAUUCGCUUCCGAGAUGGGAAACCUGUCGGGAUAUACUUCAGCCAACAUGUUGACGGCUCGUCGUACAGCUGGGACGACCCAGAACUGUCCAAGACGGAUGGGCGUCCAAUAGUAUAUAGUGCAUGUGGAUCUCAUGCAAACUAUCCAACGCCAGGCGACCAAAUCCACAAUGCCGUCUUGGUAGAUUACUGCGACCAAGGAAAGAGAUGGGAUCCCGUUCUUUCAGCUUACUUCUAUCGCUUCGACCCCAAGUCAUUUACCUUGACUCGACUGGACCCGCCCGGCCAACUACCCACCGCACCACCGGAGUCGUCAAACCUGACGUCCUUCUUUUACUACUCGGGCCGCUGGGGGGACGUGUCGUACCCGGACUCGGACCCGCGCCAGAAAACGGUGCCGCGGUUCAAGCUCAAACGAUUUCAGUCCGGCCCUACGGGCCCGCGGCACAAGCAUCUCGUCCGGAAGGGCCUGAAGCCAGACAACGUGCGGAAACUAGGGUGGAUGGAGUGGGGCGUGGGAAUCUACAUGUCGUUGUACCCCUGCUGUUUGAAAGGCUGGAGGGCUUGGGUCUCGAUCGGGUUGGUUGUCGCCGUCUUGUCCGGGGCUGUCGUUGGGGCUGUCUUUGUCUUCAGAAAGUACAGGACGAGGAAGUAUAGGAGGUUGGAUGCUGAGGACAUCCUAUUGGACGACUGGGUGCUGGAAGACGACGCCCUGCUCUCUUCCUCUGACGACGAGGAUGGGAAGAAUGAUCAAGGGGUCAGGCAUGCCGGAUAAGUGCAAAGCGAGAAGAGGCAUCGACUAUGUGGCUCUCGGAGCGCCUUGUAGACCUUACCCAUAGCCGGGGUUGCAGAGCAGAUACUAGGCCCGAGUCGACUACGACCACCCAGGCUCACUCCAUUCACCGGGAUAACGAUAUAUCAAAAGAAUCCUGUUCAUCGAGUGCAUAUACAUUGCCGUUGCUCAUACCUAUGGCAAGAAAAACAGUCAGAGAGUGCAGCUGUCCGAUGACAGGACUCGAGGCGCUGAUCUUUCCUGGCUCUAUUUUGAGUUGUAGUCUAUCA